AAAAACACCAAACGCAAAAUAUCAGAAAUAAAUUACACGUUUUUCAAUCAAUCAAUCAAUCAAUCAAUUUUAUUUGUGAAUAAAUCGUCGAUCAACUGUUUUGCAUUUGUGGCUUCGCGAUUGGAUCUUCUCUCGUUGCUACUCAUCUUGCGCACUGUUACGUGCUCCUUCCUACUUUGCAUGUCUGUGUGGAUAUCUAGAUUGGGGACGAAUAAUGUUUCGUUUUCUGCAAGAGAAGGUCAGGAAGCGGAUUUGAUUAAUCUCUCUAGGGUUUUCUAGACAUUUUUAGGCAAUGUCCGCCGCCAAGGCUCUGUCUGUCGUCCCAGCUGCGGUUCUGCGAAACCUCUCCGAUAAGCUGUACGAGAAGCGCAAGAAUGCAGCUCUCGAGUUGGAAGGGAUUGUGAAGCAACUGGCAGCCGCUGGUGAUCAUGACAAGAUUACAGCGGUGAUAAAUUUGUUGGCACAUGAGUAUGCCUAUUCGCCCCAAGCAAACAAUAGGAAAGGAGGAUUGAUAGGCUUAGCCGCGGCAACUGUGGGUUUGACUUCAGAAGCAUCCCAACAUCUUGAGCAAAUCGUACCACCGGUCCUCACCUCCUUUUCUGAUCAAGAUAGCAGAGUUCGAUAUUAUGCUUGUGAAGCACUGUAUAACAUUGCCAAGGUUGUAAGAGGAGAUUUUAUUGUGUUCUUCAACCAAAUAUUUGAUGCUUUGUGCAAACUCUCGGCAGACUCGGAUUCAAAUGUGCAAAGUGCUGCACAUUUGUUAGAUAGACUUGUGAAGGACAUUGUUACUGAGAGUGAUCAAUUCAGCAUUGAAGAAUUUAUACCAUUGUUGAGAGAACGCAUGAAUGUCCUGAAUCCUUAUGUGCGGCAGUUUUUGGUUGGGUGGAUCACAGUAUUGGACAGUGUUCCUGAUAUUGAUAUGCUUGGGUUCCUUCCUGAUUUCCUUGAUGGUUUAUUUAAUAUGCUAAGUGAUUCUAGCCAUGAAAUACGACAACAAGCUGAUUCUGCACUUUCAGAGUUUCUUCAGGAAAUCAAGAACUCUCCAUCUGUAGAUUAUGGUCGUAUGGCUGAGAUAUUGGUGCAGAGGGCAGCCUCACCUGAUGAAUUUACUCGGCUGACAGCAAUUACUUGGAUAAAUGAGUUUGUAAAACUUGGUGGAGAUCAACUGGUUCCUUAUUAUGCUGAUAUUCUCGGAGCAAUUUUGCCUUGUAUCGCUGAUAAGGAAGAAAAGAUAAGAGUUGUUGCUCGUGAAACCAAUGAUGAACUUCGAUCAAUCAAAGUUGAUCCAAAUGAGGGGUUUGAUGUUGGAGCAAUCCUAGCUAUUGCUAGAAGGCAGUUGUUUAGUGAAUUUGAGGCAACACGGAUAGAAGCAUUGCACUGGAUGUCAAAUUUGCUAACUAGGCAUCGCAUGGAGGUCUUAGUUUAUCUAAAUGAUGUUUUUGUCACACUUCUUAAGGCUCUCUCUGAUCCUUCAGAUGAGGUAGUGCUUCUGGUGCUUGAUGUGCAUGCAUGUGUUGCCAAAGAUCCACAACACUUCCAUCAACUUAUAGUUUUCUUGGUCCAUAGUUUUCGAGAUGACCAUUCUCUCCUAGAGAAACGUGGUGCUUUGAUAGUUCGGCGGCUCUGUGUGCUUCUGGAUGCUGAAAGAGUUUACAGGGAACUUUCCACAAUACUAGAAGGGGAAUCAGAUCUGGAUUUUGCAUCAACGAUGGUGCAGGCCUUGAACUUGAUUUUGCUCACUUCAUCUGAACUGUCUGAACUUCGUGAUCUGCUUAAACAAUCAUUACUGAACGGUUCGGGGAAAGAUCUUUUUCUUUCUUUGUAUGCUUCGUGGUGUCAUUCUCCAAUGGCCACAAUUAGUCUCUGCUUCUUAACACAAGCAUAUCAGCAUGCUAGUUCUGUCAUUCGGUCUCUGGUUGAGGAAGACAUCAAUGUUAGGUUUUUGGUCCAACUCGACAAAUUAAUCCACCUUCUGGAGACUCCCACAUUUGCUUACUUGAGGCUGCAGCUCCUUGAACCUGGAAGAUACAUCUGGUUGUUACAAGCUUUGUAUGGUUUGCUAAUGCUGCUACCACAGCAAAGUGGAGCCUUCAAGAUUCUUCGGACUCGUUUGAAAACUGUGCCUUCAUACUCUUUUAGUAGUGGUCCUCACCUUAGACAGACAUUGGGGAACCCUUAUUCUAAAAGUAGUAACUCAAGGGGUGACGCACAAAUUUCAGAUGAUGGUGAUUUCUUUGAAGAUUCGCAUGAUGGUAUGCACAAUGGAAUAAAUUUCUCUACACGGCUACAACUGUUUGAACACAUCCAACAGCUCCAUCAUAUGCAUUCAAAGUUACAGGCUGUGUCACACUCACGCUGCAGUUCCAAUUCAUCACCCAAGGGGAUCCAAAGGCUCGAAGAAUCCAAACAACCUGGCCCAGUGCUAGACUUUAAUGGGCCUCCCAUACGAUCAGCGCGAAGAAGUCCUGGACAGCUGCUGCUUUGAUGGUUUUGUUUGCACCCCUGAUGGAUGGACGGAUAAGGCCACUUGCACAAAAGUUUUGGGGAAUUCAAUUAAGGUUUGGUAUAGUCUAGUCUGUACAUUGUAUAUCCUACCUUUGUAUUUUUUAACAUAUGGAGGUUUGAAAUAGUGGGGAAAUCAGGUAUUAGUUAUAGUUGUUUCCCCAAGCUACUCUGGUCUGUUUUUUAGUUUAUUAUUAUUAUUAUUGUUAUUAUUAUAAUUAUCAUUAUAUUGUUAUUAUUUAUAAGUUUUCUCCAGCGAACAAACUUGCUCAUGUGGUUAAGUUUUUAUUAUGAAACCAUAUGGGCAGUAGGUAGAUGUGUAGGACUCCUAAGUAAGUUGUUUUAUCCAUAUAUUCCGUUCUGUAUUUUAUACAGUAUUUAUAACGAAAGUUCGAGAUGGUUUUCCCUU